GGUAGGGCAGUACGGAGUCCGUGAUUGGUCGAGAGGGAGGGCGAUGAGAAUGGCGGCGGAUGUGGGCCGCAGGCUCCUGAGCGUUAGCGAGAAAAUCCGGAGCGCGGCGGCCGGGAGAGAGGCGGCUCUUCCUGACAUCGCCCCACGCCUUGUCGCUGUUGGCAAGACUAAACCACCAGCCUUUCUGAUCGAAGCCUACCGCCAUGGGCAGCGGCACUUCGGGGAAAACUACGUGCAAGAACUGGUCGAGAAAGCCUCUGACAGUCAGAUUCUCUCCACUUGCCCUGACAUCAAGUGGCACUUUAUUGGACACCUGCAAAAAAACAAUGUCAACAAGUUGUUGGGCACCCCCAACUUGUUCAUGAUUGAGACUAUCGACUCUAUAAAAUUGGCUGACAAAGUCAACCUGUCCUGGCAGAAGAAACAAGCUCCACAGAGGUUGAAGGUCAUGGUACAAGUGAACACCAGUGAGGAGGACAGCAAGCAUGGGCUGUCUGUGGAGGAGACGGUGCAAGUAGUCAGGCACAUCCGCACCAACUGCCCCAGACUGGAGUUUAUCGGGCUGAUGACCGUAGGAAGAUAUGGCUAUGACCUCAGUCAGGGCCCCAAUCCUGACUUCCAGCUUCCCAGCUUUCCAUGUUCACUUGUUUCUUAUAUGGCACUUCCGUCAAAUAUCAUCCCAUGCUUCAUACGUUACCUCGAUCGAAAGACUGACUCUUCCUCAGUACUCAACAACAGUGUGCUUGCAGCACAUCGUAAGGAACUGUGUGAUCAACUAAACCUGCCUCUGAAAACAGUGGAACUAAGCAUGGGGAUGUCUACAGACUAUGAACACGCUAUCCAAGUGGGGGCUACCAACGUGAGAGUCGGCAGCACCAUAUUUGGAGAACGGACAUACCCUGGCAAGCCGGGCUUGGACAAGAACUCAGAGGAGGUGGGUGAGCCGGCGGGAAUAACAACAGGGCUGACUGCAAAGGCACCUUGAUUCAAAGGCCGGAAAGGGGAGAGAGAGAGAGAGAAGCUGGAUCCCGGUCAACUGCUGUCGGAAGUCACUCUCCCAGAAUUUGUUCCACUAAUUGAGUCCCACUCAGCAACCCAUGGAAUAUUUAAAUCAUUUGUUCCAGAAGAAUUUGCCAUUGAGAUUUUUUUCUAUCAUGUUGGAUGGUCAAUGUAAUUGUGGUCAGUGCUGCAAUCUUCAGCCUUGCACCCUCGGUCAUGUUACUGGAAAAGUAAUCACAGGCUUGAAGUAAUAAAAUCACAGAUUUUCCCCUUGAGAAGGGCGACAGUGAUAUCAUGGCCUGGCUUGCUAGGCUACUUCAGAG